CUCAUCCAUCACACUCACACAAAAUGCGCCCAAGCAGCUCGCGCAGCACGACGACAUCAAAGCCCUACGACCGCCCGUCGGGCUCGGCAAAGGCCAAGGGCAAGGGCAAGGCUGUCGACCUCGGCGCACCCGCCCAGCUGAGCCAGUCGAGCCGCAAGGGCAAGAAGGCAUGGCGCAAGAAUGUCGACCUUCGUGCCGAGGAGGAGGCUCUGGAGGAGGCUCGCGCCGAGGAGCGUGUCACGGGCGGCAAGGUCGCCAAUAAACAGAACAAUGACCUGUUCACGAUCGACACAACGGGAGACGUCGAGGUCGCGCGCAAGGUCAAGGCCAAGAAGCCACUACGCUCGCUCGCUGUCCUGCAGGAGCGCUCUGCGGUCCCAUCAUUGACGUCACGAACUGCUGCGCCGGCCAAGAUCGUCACUGCCAAGGAGAAGAACCGUAUGCGUCGCAUCGCGAGGAGGACAAUCGACGCGGCUUCCUCCGCCGACGUGCGCAAGACGGACACCUCGGAGCUUACGGACGCCUGGGCAUCCAAAGCGGCUGCUCCUUCCCCAGCUGGUGGCUUUGGCGCCGAGGGCAUGUUCAAGCCCAAGGUCAAGGCGCCCAUCACGAUCGCGAGGCAGCGUGCUAUCCGCCUCGAGGCCAUCGCGAGCCAGCGCGCCGACGAGGUCCCAGUUACGGGCACUUCGUACAACCCUGCCGCCGAGGCGCACGCCGCGCUCAUUGGCGAGGCGGUCGAGGAGGAGCUCUCGCGCAUCCAGGUCGAGAAGAAGGCCGAGGAGGAGGUUGCCGUCCUCGGCCAGGUCGUCGACUCGCGCCGCGCCACGGAGCGUAUCAACACGGACGACUUUGUCGACGGCAUGAGGGUCGGCCGCGGCGAGGUCGACGAGGAGGAGGAGUCCGACGCGUCCGACUCGGACGCUCCGGCGCCCAAGAAACCUACGAAGCGCAAGACGCAGGCGCAGCGCAACAAGGCUUUGCGCGCCAAGGUCGCUGCCCAGGCGCUCAAGGACGAGAAGAUCCGCAAGAAGCUCGAGCGCGAGACGGCCGCCGCCAAGACGUUCAGCAAGAGCGCCGCGGAGCGCCGCCAGGCGGCCGAGGACGUGCGCCAGGCCCGCGAGGCCGCCAAGGCGCAGCGCGAGCGUCUCGGCUUCACGGGCGGCGAGAAGAUUGGCAAGCACCGCGUCGCCAAGGGCGCCGUCACUGUCCAGCUUGGCGAGGACCUCGCCGAGUCGCUCCGCCAGGUCAAGCCCGAGGGCAACCUCUUCAAGGACCGCUUCCUGUCCCUGCAGCGCCGCGCGCUCCUCGAGCCCCGUGUGCCCCAGCUUCCCAAGCGCCGCGCUGGCCGUACAAAGGAGUACGAGAAGCACGCGUGGAAGAAGUUUGAGUAGGCGUGGGCGGGUGGGCUCACUGCAUUUGUUUCUUGGCAAUCUGUACAUUAUUCCUGCAUCGGUUAGACAUG